AUUAACUCUAUGAUGCGUCUCAUUUGCAGGUCAAGACCCACAAAGACAGACGAUCCAAGCCGGAAAUGUUGACCUUUGUCAACCACACCGAAUGCCAUUGCAUCGAUCGCAGCAACUACUAUGCAGAGGGCGUCAUCUCCAGCAACGGUGCCGUAGUGCAGCGUGCCACCAUGCUCAAUUGCAAUUGUCCCGUGCACUUCGAGCGCAUCCUACAGAACGACGGGCUAUGCAGAUGCGAUUGCUCCUCGAGCAACUACGAUUGCGACUAUCGCAAGCGAGGCAGCGAGCACUUCUCCUUGGAAGAUCGCAAGUGCAUCAAGGAGGGACGCUGCAAGCCGCCCACCUGCCAAUAUGGGCCGUACAUGGAGAAGAUUGGACGUUGUCCCAAUUAUCAUGAGCAGACCUCGCAUCCGAUGAACAACUACAAUGCGGUGGACUUGUCGUAAAUGCAUAGCACGGAACUGGAACCGGAAUCGGAACACAACAAGUAUUAGUAUAAAUACAGUUAUACGAAAAAGAGUUAAACGACACGGCAAAUGAAUUGAAUUUGUAGAAUUCAGUUCAAAGCAAGUUUUGAGUUCGAAAUCGAAUGCCGAAACCUGUCGAAAGAGAAACGAAAGGGAAUUUAGUUGCAUAUCCUAUACAGAACACGAACAUAUAUCCGCUGAUCGAAAUUAGCUCUUAUACAGCACCUUUUUUGCGACCCUAAUUCAGAUCAUCUUUAAUAGCUGUAAAGAU